UCAACAAAGCCACAAGAAGAAAAAGAAGAAGAAGAAGAGCGACUUUAACUUACUGAACACUGAAGCUAUGGCAGGUGACAAGGGUCCUCUGGGCCAGCUCAAGGACCUGGUGGACCUCAAGGACCAGCUGGAAGACAUUCAGAGACGGAUGGAGGAUGAGAUACAGGCUGGAGUUCCUCCGGGAGGCAGUCUGCUGGGGUCUCCUUUCCUGAAGGGUUUUCUGGCCGGGUACGUUGUUGCAAGGCUUCGCUCUCCAGCUUUGGUGGGUGUUGUCGUAGGCACGUGUACAGGUAUCUAUGCAGCACAAAACUAUGCCGUCCCCAACAUUGAAAACACCGUCAAAGACUACAUACGCAACUUUAAAGGAGGUUCCAAAUAAGAAGACUGGAAGAGCAGGAGAGACAUCUACAAGCUUCGGGUGCCACUACAAACGGGAACAGAUACAUAUUUCAUUAAAACACUUUUCUGUAGUUUUCAUUUUCAGCUUCCACAUAAAUAGGGAAAUUCUUAAGUAGCCAAUUUAUGGAGUAAGGUGACUCUUGUUUCGAAUAUGGGGGACUGACAGAAUGUGGAAAGGAUUACAAUUCAGGUGAUCAGAACAAAGGAGACCCUGUAUUUCUUUCCAUUAUUGUCAAUGAUUACAUUUUAGACUGCCGCCUGUGGGAAUCAUUAAAACUGCCAUAAUUGAUUUCUGUCCUCAACCUUGUCCUCCCCACAAUAUGUGCUUUCUGAAGAUGUAUUGAUACAUAAUGAGACCGACCAUUAUCCACAUGUGCAGGCCAGCUGUGUUGGCUAUUUCAUCUCCUUUCUUAAGGCGGGUCACUAGAGAGAAACACACCAUAACCCUUUAUCUGUACAGAUAGAUAUUUAGUCUCUCCAAGAGGAAAUGUGUCAUUUAUUGCCCUCUAGUGGUCAGAAAUCAAUUAUAGCAGCCUUUACUAAUGUGAACUUUCUUUGCUCAUGGGGUGAUAACGCUUGUACAGAUGUUCUCACCUCACACUCAUGUUGCUCUUCAGGGUAAAACUGGCCAAAACCCUUCAUUUUUGGAGGUGUUAGAGCAGAAUAUGGUGUGAUGUCUUUGCAGCUCUCCAUGUGAUUAUAGGUCAAUUUUACACUUUGUAAAACAUUUCGAUUUUUAAAUUAUAGACGUUAUCUUUCAUGAAAAAAUAACCCAUGACUCUACAAAUUACACACAAUAAUAAAUACUUCUAUAUAUUCCUCCUCAAACUGCUUUAGAAAAUGAAAACGUCCGCCAAAGUCGGCAUUUUCUUGAAAGAUGUAGAUUUACUUGCACUUGUUUUAUCAAGACAUGAAAGUGUGUAUUUGGAGUAUUUUAUGAUAUAAAUAUAUAUAUAUUAUUAAGAGUGCCUACUCUGGUCUGAACAUGAUAUCAUCAUCUCAUGCCAUGUGUGCAAUAGCCUUUCCUGAUGGGGUUCGGCUUCCUAUUUCAUAUGCUGGAAACUAGUUGAUCUUUUGCACUUGUGCAAGUUUUAGGGAUUUAAAGUUGUUACUUUGUCUUUCAAUAAUCAAGGAUUUUGUUUUUUGUGUCCAAGAAAUAUCAAAACCUGUCAAAGAAAGUCUGUGAUACAGUGACAUGUUUACUAGAAUGUGGUGACGGCUUCAUGUGUAAAAUGGAUAAAUGUCAAUAUUACAUCCAUAAAUAAUGCUGUAGCUGCAGGUCCUAUAUGAUUAAACCCACAAAUAGGUUUCUUUUUCACAGGUACUGUAUACCCACAGUUGGAUUUAACGCACAAUGCUUUUGUACACAGUCAGGCCUGUAACUAGUAUUAGACACAAAAAGCCAUAUUUGAGUUCAGAUUGAGGUUGUGCUCCUUUUAGUUUGUACUCUGACUGGAACGUUUGAUAACUGGAACACACAAACAACUUGUGCCUAUUGACAAUCAUUGUGUUACUGUCUUUGUAUUGCAUGCUCCCUGUUUCUUAAUGUCCCGUCUUUUAUUUUUGCAUGUUUACUUCCUUGUUUUGAACACUUGACAUGCUGUGGAAAGUAGAAUAUGGGUCAGUUGAUGGUGCUUUAUUUCACUGUCUUGUCAUCAUGGGGUUUCACUCGGUUUAAAAUUCCUUUGUGAUAUUGUAAAAGAAAUCCACCAGAGUUGUGAUUAAGACUUUUAUUUGGAUUGUUCAAAUAAAUGGGGAGAAUACAGUUUGCCAUUGUCUCAGAA